GUCGAAUUUGAUCGGGAGAAGAAAUGGCGGGAGAGAAUCAGACGUGUAUAUACCGUCAGAUCGUGCACGAUCCCAGCUCCACUACUCGUCUCCUUCACACCGAUGAGAAGUUCGUCGAGUUUCAAGACAUCAAGCCUGCCGCCCGGAGGCACUACUUGGUCAUUCCAAAAGAGCACAUUCCAACUGCGAGAGACCUCCAGAGAAGAGAUGAAGACUGCUCUUUGGAUUUGGUUUUCACCAGCCGCCUUUUAACAGUGUCGAUCAUCUCCAUCUCCAUUGUUUUGCAUUGCCUUUUAUGCCCAGAUGGAAAUUCGUCAAGUACAAGUCUUUGGGACCUUUUGGUGGUUUUAUUGAAGCAGAGACACUUCUGGAGAAGAUAAGGCCUCUUCCUUCAAAAGUGUAACUGAAACCCGAGUUAUCUAACUUCAUUCCGGUGCUAAAACUGGUGCUAUAUCUCUUUUAUUAUUCUUUGUUGCUGGCAUGUUUAUAAAAUGUCCCAUAUCAUUGUUGGUUUUGUAUGUAAGGACAUGUCGUGUAAUUUAUGUCGCUUGCCAACAGUUGUAGGCAGUGACGCCAUUUUCUCUUUUUUGUCAUACUUGAUGGGUGUCAGAUAUACACAUUAAUGAUUUCUAAUAUAAAUCUCUGUAGUGGCUGAUAAAAGAAGUAGAAUUAACCAGAGAUUUCGUAUAGGAUCUCUGAUAUAAUUUGUUUGUAGGCUUUCUGCUGUUGUUUUGUUGCUCAGACAUCUCUAACUACAAGUGUAGGGGGAGGUACUGGUUGCAUUGCAUGAGAUUCAGUACCAUUAUCAUACUCCAGCUUAACUGGCACAGAUGUGUUCUUGC